AUGGCUGAGUUAAAGAGUAAGUUAAAUAAAGGUCACGCCUUUACAAGCAAAUGUGCUUCCUUGGUGAAGGAGCAACGAGCUCGUCUCUAUAUUCUUCGUCGUUGUGCCACCAUGCUUUGUUGCUGGUACAUCCAUGGUGAUGAGUAA